AUGUCCUUGUGGCAGACUGAGGAGCAGGUUGGUGCCAUGAACGAUGCUACCGGGCUUUUACGCGACACUUCGUCGAACACUAAUCCGAAGGAUUUCAUCUCCGCUUUUGAAGAGAAGCUUGAAGGACUAGACAUAUCUCACGACUACAGAAAGUAUUGGAGAUUCUCUUCAGCAAACAGCAACACAUCAACACUAUUCAACACUACAGAAUACCGUCAAAGACGUGAAACUCGGCUUUCAUACGACCCGAGGGUCACGUUUGCCGUAUAUAUAAAUCACAUCCAGAAGCUCUUUUCAACACAAAACCCACGGAACGCCGACAACAAGCUCAUUUCUGUCCCUUUUUCGUGGCAAGACUGGGUGGAUCUAUCGGUUUUGAAUCGUUAUCUCGAGCUCCCGGAAAACGAGAGACCUUCCUGUGAGGAUAUACUAACCCAGGGACUUCGGUACAAACCAAGCAACAAAAUAGAGACACCAAACCGGAACAUCGACGUUGCCUGCGUUGACAACGAUAGAUAUUUGGGCAAGGCUAAUCGUGCAUUGCUUCCUGGCUUCAAUUUCAAAGAUCGGACAGGAAAGAAAUCGUUCAGGGAAAAGGUGAUUCACGCGAAAUCUCAUCUUCUAUCUUACGCUCCUGUUCCGUCUUCCAUUCUGUUCCUUACCGUGAAUGGCACUUAUGAGGUUUCGGUUACAGAAGAUUCUACGAUGAUGAAUAGCGGUCUUUAUUCCAACUUCAUUGGAGAUGAGGAAUUUGCGGUCGCCGACCCGAUCCGAGAACUGGAACGUCUUACUAGUACAGUUCCAGCAAAGAAGGGUGACAUUGAUUUCGAUUUGGUGUUUGUGGCAGAGAAUGAUUUCAGAUACGAUAUACCCGUGGAGAGAUUUUAUUAUCCAUACGAAGAAAUCAUCGCCGAUUACGAAAAUCGGAUCGAUCAGCUUUCUCAGAAAGAGAUGAGACACUUGGAUGUCCUCAAGUACUCUGCUUCUGUUCCUGAUAAAAAGCUUGACAAAGCUUUCAAAGAGGUCAACAUCAACUGGCCUGCUACGUUCAAUGGCCACAAAGUUACAGAGAAUGGAGGACAUUAUGAUUCCAGAUUUUUCAAUGGAUUCAUGACAGAGUCUAAGGUUAACGAGUUCGAUGAUGUGAACGAAAAGCGUAAGCUCACAUUGCAUCGUAUCCUCCACACGUGGCUGCAGUUCACGUACAAGGAAGGAAUUAUCUCGUUUUUGGCUCACGGAACUUUGUUGAGUUGGUACUGGGAUGGACUCGUGUUUGAAUGGGACGACGAUAUUGAUGUACAGAUGCCAAUCAUGGACUUUGAUCGAUUCUCUAUGAAGUUCAACAACUCCUUGAUUGUGGAAGAUGCUCAUUAUGGAUUCGGCAAGUUCUACGUCGAUUGCGGUGCCUACCCUACACACAGAACCAAGGGCAAUGGAAGAAACAACAUCGAUGCCAGAUUUAUCGAUGUUGAUAGCGGAAUGUACAUUGAUAUCACUGGUUUGGCUCUGACGGCUACCAACAAGCUCCCAACAAGACUAGAAAAAUUGGAACGGAAAUUGAAAGCUGCAGCCAAAGGAAAUGGAGAGUACAAGGAUCCGGGAGAUAUCCCGUCAGGAAGAUUCAAACAAGCAAGAUCAGGACAAAGAGCACCAAAGGGCCCCGAGACCACUCCUGAAGCACUUCAAAGAAACAAGGAACUAAAUGCUUUCAAUUGCCGAAAUAACCAUUUCUAUACACAUUCAGAGCUUUCACCUCUACGGCUCUCUACUAUGGAAGGAUCGCCAUGCUUUGUGCCAAACGACUUCCGCACUGUGCUGACCUCUGAAUACGUUGGAGGGCUGCGAAAGAUGCUAUUUAACAAGCACCUUUUUGUCGAUGAACUCAGAUUCUGGCUUCCAUCCUCAACAAUACAACAACACAUAAUGACUUUGACUGGACAGAACGUCAAAAAUGCCAAUCUCAAAAAGUUCUACAACGAACACAAGCUGCCACUAUUAAUGCAAUUUCUAGGUACAGAUGAGAUCUUGAAAGAGUUCUACAUCACACACAAAUAUACCAAGAAGCACGCUAAAGAGUUGGAGCUCAUGGGAGAGAAGUCAGAUCAAGCCAAAAUCAAUGAAUAUCAUACUCUUUUGGAAGAGUAUAAGCAAAUGAAUGCACCUAUGCGCAAAAGCUAUUACGGUUACAUGAACGAAGUGAUAGCUUUAGGCGGAUACCACCCUAUAGAGGAGUCUUCAACAUCGCCCGAAGAAUUGGAUAAGAUUAUUUCAGGAAAGACUGAAUCUUCAGGAAAAAGUCAAUCCAAUGCCGGAGCUAGAAGGAUCCAAAAACCAAAUUAA